UCAGUUCUGCCAGAAGUGACCUGGGGGUGGGGGACCUCCACGCAUCAUUUCCUACACGGCGGUGGUCUCGGCAGAACCUCCUUCGAACAGUCCCGACGGCGCAGCACAUGGGGCCGCCCGCGUGCAGGAGAGGCGCGCGCUGGGGCCGGGCCGUGUCCGCGCUCCCGGUCCCCGCGCUCCCCGCGCCCGCAGCCCACGCUGUGCCCGGGACCCCAGGCCGCCCGCCCGCCCCGGGCCCAGGGCUCGCCGUCGCCCCGCUCCCCCGGGAUCGUGCCUGCCGCGCAGACCCCGCGGGCGGAGGGGCCGGUGGUGCCCGCUCGUGCGCGCCAGCGGCCGCAAGCGCACUGGCCUCGGCUGUUUGCAGAGCUUUCCAGACGGCGUCGGGCUCAGGGCCUCGCCCCCACGGUGCCCUCCGCCUGGACACGCCCGUCCUGCAGGCCCCCGACCCCGUGCCGCACGGCCCCGAGCCCCGCGCCCUGCUCUCUGCCCGCACCGGUCCGGCCCCGCGGGCGCCGUGCUCCCGCGUGUGGUUGGCCGCGCUCAGUCAGCACGGAAGGAAGGGCGAGCAGAGACAGACAGAGCCCAGCCCUCUGGCCUCACAGCAGGGUCUGCGCCCUGACUUCCCGCACCAACGGCUCAUUUCCAGCGCCUCCGACAUCAAGCCUAUUCAGAAACAAUGCUUCUCCCGCAAACACCUGAGCCAAGGAACCGACAUCGCUGGGAAAGAAACUGAGGACACAGACACUGAGCGGACCAGGUGGACAAGGCCCCUGAAAUGCAAGCAUACAGUCAAGAGGAAAUCGUCCCACAGGACUUAUCUGGUAGAUGCGCAUCAAAGCACUGUUCAGAGAGCAGAGCACAGGGAGGGCACCCCACGUCCACGGAGGUGACGGAACUGAGCGACAUGCAGACACUGGACGCCGCCAAACAUGCACGUGACGACAGGGAGCGUGCUCACGAUGCGGGGAACAGGCAAGACACGGCACUGUGAACUACUGAACACGUGUGCCCCCGCUACACGGAGAAAGAAGGCACAGGCAGACCGAUGAACACCCGACAGCUGUCUAUCUUCGAACCAGCACUCCUGGAAGAUCCAGUGACCCACAGCGCUGCGGCCAGGCUGGGGAGGGAGGGACGCAGCUGUCCAACGCAGCAUGGAGCCUCGGACCCCUUCCGCCCCAUCUUUCUUUCAUUUCUGUUAAUUAUUUCCCUCGGUUUACUUUCUUUGAGCCUAUUCUGUUGUUAUUUUGCGAAUGUCUCCAGUCGAAAGCACAGCUGAUCAAUUUCCAGUC